AAAACGAACACUCAAGAAAAAAACAAAAACACCAAAACAGCAAACAACAAGUAUAGUGCAAUCCAAGAGAUUGUUGUUAUUCUAUCGAAUUGUUUUUAUUUUUUUUUUGUUAUGUUUGUUGCAUUCUAAUGUCCUGCAUCCGAAGAGGUGAACAACAGUGCUGAGCACAAAGAGAAAGAAUUGAAUAGAAACGAAACAGAAAUCGAAACGCGAGUGCAAAACAUCAAAAACCCAAAACCAAAGCUGACAUCAGCUGGAGAUUCGACCAAAAGUCAGCAGCUAGUUGUGCCGGAGAAGAACGGAAGUGGUGACUGGGGGGCAGCCAAGCGGAUAUCAAAGGCACGCCACCAAAUAGUGCAACUUAUGCUCAUCAGCAGUUGCCUUUGAAAUUGGUAAAGACAGUGCGAGAGAGAGAGAGAGAGAGAGAGAGGGAGAUAGAAUCGAUAAAUCGCUAAACGAAAUUUCGAUUUGGUGUCAAGAUGGCGCUACGCUUGCGUCGCGACGUCCAGAAGGCCUCGUACUAUGUGUGGUUCCUGGGUGCCGAGGAGGCGAAGGGAUUGCGGGGUGCUCGCGUCAUUAACUCAGUGCUGCCGUAUCUGGUGGACAGAUCGCGCAGCCAGGAGCCGCUCAAGGUGACGUUGCAGGUCUCGCACAAGGGCAUCAAAAUCGUGCAGGGCGCAUCGAAGCAUUUAAUACCACACAGUGCCAUAACCAGCUCCGUGCAAACCGAUGACAUCGUUGCCUGUGUGCUGCUCCUCUAUAAUCCGGCCACCAAGUGCCCGCUGCAUGUGCACGCCUAUCGUUGCGACUCGGAGACAACGGCUGAGGCGUUGCAUCUACAAUUGCAAAUACUCAUCAAUCGCCCCGACAAUCAAAAGCGUUUCGAGGAGCUCGAGACCAGAUUGGGCAUUUUGCCGCCUCUGCCCGCUGGUGGAGGACCAGGACAAGGACACGGCAGCAGCCACAGCUCAGAGAAACGUCACGAAAGCUCCCACAAGUCGUCGCACCAUCUGUCGCAGUCGCAAUCGCAAUCGCAUCACUCCAAUGGCGGUGGAUAUUCACAUCAUCAGCAACAGCAGCAGCAACAUCAGCAGCGACGUCACGAGACAUCGCCGAAGCGUUUCAGCAGCUCCUUGGGCAGCGACACGGGCAACAGCACACGUGAAUCGGAGUGCAGCGAGGAGCACGGUUUGGCUGGCUCUCCAGUCUCCCGCUCUCCGCCACAUGGUGGCAACCACAACAGCAACAGCAGCAACAACAACAGUGGAAAGCAUCAUUCACAUCAGCACUCACAACACUCACAGCAUCAUUCACAGCACUCAUCAUCAUCACAUCAUCCGCCGCUGACGGCACAACAGAACAGCGAUCUAUUCGAUUCGCUGGCCGCCGAGCUGCGGGCCAAACUCAAUGGCAACGGUCCGCCAUUGUUGUUGCCGCCUCGCGACUACGACACGGUGCAUCGCUCCAAGGGCAAUCUGACGGCCAUCGAGCUGCGUCGCUGUCGCAACGCCUUGAUUGUGGGCGGCGCUGGCACGCCCAAAGGUGCCACUGCCUCCGGCCACGGCGCUGCCACAGCUGGCGGCAGCCCCUCAACAGCUGUCGGUGGCGCCACAUCCGCCGCAGCAGCAUCUGCGUCCAAUGCCAACGGCAAGCAGGUGUCCUCGCGUGGCUCCUCGGGCAUUGGCUCCGAUCUGGCGCCGAGUCCAGAGCGGCAAGAACUGAAUAGUUCAAGUGAUGACGAACACUGGUCGAAUGAGGCGGACAAUUCGGUGAUUGCGCUGAAGCCGUCGCAGAUUGCGCUGCCGCCGCAUGCGCAGCUGAAGCGCAAGAGCGCCGUUCAGCCGCCGGAGGACAGUUAUCUGCGUGACUUGCCAGCGAAGCCGUAUGUGCCUCGUCAAAGCGAGCGAGAGCGCGAACGUGAACGUGAGCGGGAGCGUGAGAGGGAGCGAGAGCGCGAUAGAGAUCGCACCAAGACGCCGGCAUCGUCGAGCAAAUCGUGGUCGCGAGAGGAUGAGAUCAAGCCGAUCAUCAUGCGACCAGCGGACUAUGAUGCGAAAUUCAAUCGUGUGAUGCAACAAGAGCCGCUGAAGCACGAGGGAGGCGGAGGUGGAGGCGGAGUCGGAGGUGCAGCCAAAUUGCGGGACACGGACAAAUACAAUGAGAUCAAUCGCUUGCUCAACAAAAAGCUCUCGGGUCACGAGCGGGAGCGGGAGCGCGAAAGGGAACGCGAAAGGGAGCGUGAAAGGGAGAGGGAGCGUGUGAAGCAGCGUUCGUUGCACGACGAUGAACUCGAUGAUUUCGAUGACUCGGAUCCGUGCAGCGAGCCGCAACAACAGCAGCCGCAUUCGCUGAGCGGCUAUCGCAAGGAGAAUCUGACCGACAAGCAAAAGUUCAUGGAGUAUGCAUCGAAGAAGCAACAACAACAGCAGCAACAACAGCAACAGCUCAAGUCUUAUGCUGCCGAGGAGGCGCAACGUUAUGGCGGCAGUCGGCAUCGCUAUGUGGAUCCGGCAGAGUUGCCAUUCGAUCAGCAGCAGCAGCACAACAAGUAUGCUGCAGUGCAUCGUGGCGAGGCGACGCGCAGCAGCAGCAGCAACAACAGAGACAGAGAAAGGGAAAGGGAGAGAGAGCGAGAGCGUGAGCGUGAAAGAGAGCGCGAAAGGGAACGCGAUCGGGAUCAUUCACGUGAUCGGAAUCCAUAUCGCGAGGCCGAGAGCCUGCCAUACAUCCAGAGCAUGGAGAAGAUGAUGAAGUCCACGGGCAUGCGCUACAACAACAGCAGCAGCAGCAACCACAACAACAACAGCAGCGGCAACGAUGAACCGCCACCGCCGCCGCGCAGCAGCAGCAGCAACAAGACGCACAGCGUCAGUCAGGUGUCGCCCCGUGAACGCUUCCACGAUGCCAAGGACAAGUUUAGGGCCAUGGAACGCAACGGCAGCAGUCGCUACGAUCUAGACGAACGCGAUGGCGUCCCACCAUCGGCAACCGGCAACAACAGCGAUUAUCAUCGCUCAUCGUCGCGCAGGCGACGCGGCAGCUUGGAGCCGCCAAGUUAUGUGGAGGAGCAGUGGAGCGAUGAGGAUGAUGAGGAGCCGCUGCAAUCGAUGCAGCCGGAACCGUUGUUGCCCCGUGGCCGUGGACGUUCCCGAGAGCGUUCGCAUUGGCAGCAGCAGGAGCAACUGCAGCAUCAGCAACACAGUAGCAACAGCAGCGGCAGCAACUUGCGGCAUGGACAGGAGCGUGAGCGACGUGAGCGGGAUUAUCCCAUGCGACGUGGCGAGGAGCACGCCCAUGAAGUGUAUAGGCAUGAGAGGGAGAGGGAACGCGAGCGUGAAAGAGAGAGGGAACGGGAGCGGGAGCGUGAAAGGGAGAGAGAACGUGCUUCGUCGCGUCAUCAGCUGCGAGCGCAUUCACGUGAAUAUCUUCAGUCAGCAGAGUCCGGUGGCAAGUCGAGCUCAUCGCGUGGUGGCGUCUCGCAUCACGCAGAGCGUUAUCCCUCGCCAGCGCCCACGCCCAGCAGCAGCAAUAGCGGAGGAGGAGGAGGAGGCGGUGCAGCUGGUGUGGCGCCCUCUGGCGGUGGCAAGCCGUUGGCCAGCAUGCCGAAGGGCUACCGACACAGCUAUGCGGAGCCGGUGUUUGCGCGCUCCGGCGGACGUGUGGGACUCGCUGCAGUCAAUCCCUAUUAAAAGCAGAAGAACCAAGCAACAAUUGUAAAUUCCGAAAAGAGAGGAAGAGGGAGAGCAUGAAAGAGAGAGCGAGCAAGCGAGCGAGUAACCCAAUCCAUGCGCACGAAUGCGCCUGUAAUUAUGUGCCUUCUAAAUAUGUUUUAUAUGAGUACAUACUUUAUACAUAUACAUAUCUAUAUAUAUAUAUACAUACACAUACAUAUAUCUACAUCUAUAUGCAUAGAUUAGCCUAUAUACAUACAUAUACACCGUGUAUAUCUUUUAUGUAGCGAACAAAUCGAAACACAAACAAACACACAGUUUAAAAAUGCAUUUUUUUUUAUUGAUUGUAAUCUUAAGACGCGCGGUUAAUUGGUAUAGUAUAAAUAUUAUACAUAAAUACUGUAUAUGUAUAGCCGAUUUUUUUGAUAUAUAUAUAUAUAUAUAUUUUACAUAUACUCGAUCAAAAAUAAUAUUUGAUUAAACUUACUUAUAAAUAUAUAGCUCAUGUAUCUAUUGUUAUCAAUUUGAUAUUUGCAUUAAUAAAGCGCUAGUAACAAACAAAAAAUAUCCAACAAAAAAAAUAGUAAAAGCAUUUCAAAAUAAUUUGCGUUCGUUUCGUUGUCUGUUUGUCACAUGAAUUUAUAAUUUUGCUAUAGAUAUACAUACCACAUUAUAGGAACCAUCGGAGGAACAAUGGGGUAACAAAAAAUAUAUAAAACGAAACUAUAGCAUUUAAAAAAGCAAAUAAUAAAAGUCAGUCCAUUAUAUUCACUUUUUUUUUUUCGGGCAGCCUAAAAGUAUGCUUUAAUUUUUUCAUUGUGAAAUUUGACAAAUGCAGCGUUGCCAACUAUUUGAAAUUAGUGCAAGGCACAAAAACUAAGUUAACUAGCAUAACUAUGUCAUGAAACAUUUGAACGAUUCUCGUUCACAAAAUUAUAAAACGAAAUUGUAGCACUUGAAAAAGCAAAUAAUAAGUCAGUCAUUUAGGGCAGCCUAAAAGUAUGCUUUGAUUUUUGCAUUGUGAAAUUUGACAAAUUCAGCGUUGCCAACCACUUUAAAUUAGUGCAAGCCACAAAAACUAAGUUAACUAGCAUAACUGUCAUGAAACAUUUGAACGAUACUCGUUCAUUUCAAUUAUUUCCUCAAUCCCAUACAAUCACUCGAUCUGAACAGAUACAUUUGAAUAUUUUUAUAUACGCACACGCCUUUUCCAAAUUUAUUUUAUUUGUCUGUCUAAUGAGCGCAAUGACUGAAGAAGACCGCAAAAUGGCUGUCUACAAUGCGAACAGGAAGAAAUAUAACUAUACUUUGGCUGUACUGAUGGCGAUGCGCAACGACUUCGAACCGGAAAAAUUCCUUAGUCUGUAUGAUGAUAUACACAAUCGAUAUCCUAUGCUAUUCCAUAAUCAUGUGAUUGACACGGCGAUCAUCAAAUGGAAAAAAUGUUUUGUCGUGUCGGACAAGGAUGUGUCUUUUUAUUAUAGGGAAUUGUACAAAUACCAUUUCAAUAUGAUAGAUGCACUGAAUGGCGAUUAUUAAACCGAGUCAAAGUCAAAAGUCGCCAAUGCUGUGCAAGCAAAUCAUUUUACUAAAACGAUCAAAUUAAAAUUAACCUUGACAAAUGCUAUUCAGCAUUACAACUUCAAUUUUUCAAUUUUUUUAUUUUAUUACUUAUUCGCCUAGUCGAUAAUUUUUUUUAAUUUGACAGCAUAAAAGUAUGCUAUAGAAAUCGUCAAAAUCCCAAAAGUUAAUUUUCUUUCUUUCAAUAUCUUGAAUAAAUGCUCAUUGUCACUGUUGUA